AUGCCUCCUGAAGAUCUUGCUGCUGACGGCAAAUCGGGGCAGCCCCUGUAUAACCAGGAUAUAAAUGUCAUCAACACAGAGAAUUAUGGAGCCCUGUAUCGUCUGGUGGACGAUCUGGCGGAAGUGUUGAAUGAGAACGCCAAGCUAAAACAGGAUAUAUGGACACAGACAGAUCAGAUCUCUACGUCACUGAAUGCUAAUUAUCAGGGCCUGUUUCCAACAGAGGACGAAAGCAGGUUCAAAUACCGCAAUUUGAAACCCAUUGACGAAACGCAACUGGAUUCUCCUUCGCCGAAAACUAGGCGAAUCAAAGAACUCAGGCUGGAGAAUCAGCAACUGGCAGAACUUCUGAUAAGCAGGAAAAAAUACAACCAAGAAUUGCGUGACACUGUUGAUGAAUCAGAGGAAGAUCUCCUAAACAUUCUGGAGGUUCUGUCUCAAAAAUGUAUCGAACUGAACAAGCAACAGCUCGAGGACCAGAAACGCUACAGCGAACAAAUUCUCAUUAAGAAACAGCAGAUGCACGCCAAAUUCCUCCAGUUGGCAGAGAUGGACGAAAAAUUCAAACAGCUAUACUCUCUUUUCAACCAACUGCGCACGUAUUUGGACGAGAACGUUGACCUACAAAUUGCUCACAGACCAUAA